AUGUCGACGCCAGCCUAUUCUCAUUUGGAGCUCCUCCCCAAUGAGCUCCUAGAUCAGAUCAUCUCCCACUUAACCACGGAGCCGCCGUCCUUGGGCCAACUACAUCAUCCACCCAAUCUACAGCUUACCCAGUCUCCAACGAAUGAUCUCAAGCAUCUCUCACAGUGCUCACAGCGUCUACUUGAACUUGUGCGACCUCGGCUAUUCAGUCAUGUCUGCCUGGACCUCUAUGACGAAGCCGACUUCCACUCCUUUAUGACCAACUCGAAUCUCGCUCCAUAUGUCAACUCUCUUGUAGCGAUUGCAAGCGACAAUUCUGAUCGCAGGGUCGACCCAUUCUGGUGGCGCCGCGUCCUCCGCUAUCUGGAUCCUCGCCAUGUGAUAGUGGUCGCCCCGCCAGUCUUCAUUGGCAAAACCCUAGCUACCACCAUCAAUGACGAUCAUACCUGGGCAUUCGAUAUGCCUUUGCAAAUCCUGGCUCUGGGACGAGAAUGCAUGUCUCGUGAUUCACCCCGGCUGCCUGACCUGGAGACCUGUACCUGUCUCCUCGCAUCACGCCCAUGGACAUCGAUGACUUUCAAUGAAUCAUCGUCCCUGAAAGCAUACAACCAUUACGAGUACUUCCUUACUCGUGUCCCAUCCUUCCUUACGGCGUGGGGAAUGAAUGUGAGGCUUGGAACACAUGUGGCCGAACGUCCAAACGACCUAUCGAUACUCCUACACGGUCUCACGUCCUUUUCCUAUACGGCCGUGUUUCCUUUUUACAAUCACUCGCAACUCGUACUCGAUGCCGUCUCAAGAAUGGAUCAAUUGCGUCGCCUCGAUGUGCAGCUAGCUCCCUGUCGGGGCAAUCAUAUCACCGAGCUCGAACAACGAGGGUCUAUGGAUCCUAAUGAUCCAUGGAUGGAGCUCGCAACUUCGUAUUCGUUGAUUGCAUAUACUGUCAGUAACAUGCCUUCUCUGAAGGAGUUCAGGUGCGGCGAUCUACACGUUGAGGCUAUGCGGCAGGAUAUAAUUGCAGCUUUGGACGAUGUCAUCGGUGAUGGAGGCUGGCCUGCAUUCCCUAUUCUUGCCGAUUCACUACUCCCACCGCCAAUCCCAAUGGAAAAAGCAGCAUCCUCCCCAGGUCAAGCCUCAAAGAGUGACUGGAGUCUCAAAAAUGAUUGGGUUCGGGGUAUCCAAUCUUCCAAAGAAUCCAUCUUUCGGUGCGGAGUUGUCCUCGGCUUCUCCAGGCUGAGAAUGAGAAGCAAGGAAAGCAACGAGUAUAUCGGACAGGUUCCUCGACAUAUACUUACGUCUCAUCUGCGGGCCGUUAAUCCAUCGUCUGAUCCUACUGCAUUCAUCAUCCAUCCAGGGAGUUUCGAAGCCUUUGCUCCAAGGACUCUGCUCAACGAGCUGCAAGCUUCUUCCCAUGACCAGCCCAGCCUCACCCGGGACGAGGCGAUCCAGAGACUAGACUCUGUGCAGCUGCUUCCUGUGCACAACUUUCCCAAUGCCGCACAGGCCAUAGGCCAAGUCUCGGAUGUUCUGCACAAGAUCCAAGAUAAGCGAGAGCGGCGAGAAGAACCGACCGAGCCGAACACAUCUAGCAAUAACCCCAUCUUGUUGAUUGUUGCCGGUCUCGAUACCCUAACGGAAGGAGUAAUUCGGGUGUCUAAUCCGGCUAGGGGUGCUGCCGUUUUGACGGCGACGCUCCGCACCUUGACGAGAUUGUCUCGCGUGCACGCCUCUUAUCUUUCAAUCAUCCUGGUCAAUACUAAUGGAGUAGGUUCUAUAAAUUCGGAGUGGGAGAAGAAUAAACAAUCGACUGGAAACACUGCUAGUCAUGGAGAUGGUGCUACGAGGCAGCCGCUGGAGGAUGGGAUCCACUCUAUCUUUCACUCGGACAUUCCCUCCCUGUUCCCUACUUUGCUCAUGAAGGCUUUAGACCAAGGGAUUGAUACUCAUCUAUUGAUUUCUGAUCUGAGAGGAGCUCAGAUAGUCGAAGUGAUCAAAGAUCGAGUUGGUACGGGUCUAGGCAAGUGGGGGAUAUGGAAUGAGUAA